AUGCCGGGUCUGGCGCGCAAAGUCGUCAUUUGUGCUGCUGUUGAUGGACUAAUAUUACAACCACUCGGCUCCAAGAAAGAACAGCGCUCGUUGCCUCUCGUGCAGAUCAAGUACGGCGACGCCUCCAUCUCUGCCAUCCCGACGGACGCGGCACCCGACAGCUCCAAGCCCAACUCUUCGUUUGAGGCCUUUGGCAUCGUUGGCCUCGUCUCCGUCUUCCAUUACAACUACCUAAUAUCGAUAACCCGUCGCCAGCAGGUCGCGCAGAUCCGCGGACUGCCCAUCUAUGUCGUCACCGAGGUUGCCUUGACGCCGUGCUCGUCCCAACAAGAUGCAAGCGACGCCAUCGCGAAGACGUCAGUUGCGCUGAGCACCCGGGCUGCCGACCAGGCGACCGACGACAGCUCGAGCGACGAUGAGGCGCCGCCCGAGUCGGGCGGGAAUGACGAGGUGGGCGACGAUGUUCCCGACCCGGCCGCUGCAUCGCAGUGGUCGACCAAGGUGAGCCCAAACACCACGGCCCGGAGCAGUAUUGCAGAGGAUGUCAUCAGCCGCCGCGGCAGCUACGGCCGCUUCGCGCAGCGGUGGUUCAGUCGGUCGGGCUGGGCCAUGGACCAGAAACGGAUCAUGGGGCUGAGCCCAGAACAGGCAGUCGUCGUGGAACCAGGUCCCGAAGGCAACAAGAACAAGGGCGCUGCCAAGAGCGUCCCCAAAUCCUUCCCGCUCCCGAGCGAGGCCGUCGGCAGCCAGGCCGGCAUUGGCCUGCUGCCCAAGCUGCUGCGCGCCACCCAGAUCCUCUUUGGCUCGAGCCGCACAUUCUACUACUCUUACGACUACGACAUUACCAGAAGCCUGGCCAAUGUGAAGGUGCCGGCCACGGCCCUGGUCCCGCUUCACAGCCAUGCAGACCCGUUGUACUUCUGGAACCGCAAUAUCAUGCGACCCUUCAUUGACGCCGGCAUGGAUGCUCUAGCGCUACCUCUGAUGCAGGGAUUUGUAGGUCAGCGAUCAUUUGUGGUCGACAGCCAGCCGCCACAGGUCGACAGUGAUGCGAAAGACUCAGUUGAGAUGAGCAAUUUCGGAUCCAGUAAGGAUGGGUCUGACCGGUCGUCAUCGCCGUCACCGGCCAAAAACACGGUCGACCUACGGCCGUCGGAGAAGAAAUUCGACAUAACUGUCAUCUCGCGGCGUUCAACGAAGCGGGCCGGAUUACGAUACCUCCGCCGCGGAAUAGACGAGCAGGGCAACGUUGCAAACUCGGUCGAGUCGGAGCAGAUUCUAUCGGCCGCCGACGCGACAUGGGAUCCUGCCGCAAAAGUCUACUCGUUUGUCCAAGUCAGGGGGAGCUUCCCGCUCUUCUUUACCCAGUCACCAUACUCGCUAAAGCCCGCAGCAGUAUUACAGCACUCCCCCGAUGCAAACUUUGCAGCGCUGACGAAGCACUUUGAAGGGCUCCAGAAGCGGUAUGGCGCUUUACAAAUAGUCAAUCUUGUAGAGAAGCAUGGCGUCGAGGCCGUGAUUGGGGAGCAGUACGAAAGGAACAUUCAACGGCUGAAUGAAGAAUCAGGCUCAGACGCUGAAAAGGUAGCGUUUGAGUGGUUUGACUUCCACGCUGUCUGCCGGGGCAUGAAGUUCGAGAAGGUUUCCCUCCUGCUACAAAUUCUGGGCAGCAAGCUAGAGAGUUUCGGAAGCACGGUGUCUGUCGACGACCAAGUCACGUCCAAGCAGGCCGGGGUCUUGAGGACGAACUGCAUGGACUGUCUUGACCGGACCAACGUCUGCCAGAGCUCGUUUGCGAAAUACAUGCUCGAUGUGCAGCUCAAGGAACAGGGCUUUGACAUGAGCUUACAGCGCGACCAGGAGAACGUCUGGUUCAACACGCUGUGGGCAGAUAAUGGCGAUUCCAUCUCCAAGCAGUAUGCCUCCACCGGGGCCAUGAAAGGCGACUACACGCGGACACGGAAGAGAAACUACCGGGGAGCCCUAACAGAUGCGGGCCUAUCGCUGACGAGACUCUUCAACGGCAUGUUUAAUGACUUCUUUGUGCAAACAACAAUCGACUUUUUACUGGGUAACGUCACGUCAUUCGUCUUUGAAGAGUUCGAGGCGAACAUGAUGACCAAGGAUCCAGCCAUGUCGAUGCAGAAAAUGCGCGAGCAAGCCAUAGAGUUAUGCCAGAAGCGUGUCGUCGCGGACGAGUCGGAGGAGCUCGUUGGAGGCUGGACGCUGCUCACGCCACAAGUACCCGACACCGUACGGGCGGCCUCGCUGGAGGAAGCGGUUCUCUUGCUUACCGAUGUGGCGCUGUACCUGUGCAGAUUUGACUGGAACCUGGACAAGGUCUCAUCGUUUGAGCGAGUCAGCCUAGCACACAUCCAAAAGAUCAAGUUCGGCACCUACAUAACGUCGACCAUCUCGCCCGCUCAUGUGGACGAGAUGCGCAACGUCGGGCUUGUCAUUGAGUACAAGCCGGGGAGCACCGAUAUCACUAGGGUGAACACGCGGUCUUUGUCUUCCAAUCCUGGCAAGGCGCCCGGCUCCGACGUGAACGCGGAAGUAGCAAACAGGCCGAACACAUCAUCGGGCCCGGCCGGCGCCAUUGCGGGUUUCCUGUCUCGCCGGCCCCAGGCCACGCCUCCCCGCAAGAUCGCCCUCAAGGCCUUAUAUAGCCAGACCUCGGUGGCCGACCCCACCGCGACCAAGCUGCCGAACGAGCCCGGCGCCAUCACUCGUCUUACGGAGAUUCAGCAGGUGGUCGUCAUUGCCGCCGAGAUUGAGAGGCUGGCACUCCUGAGCCAGCCCAGGCUCGCGGGCAAGAAGCCGGAAGACGCUGGUCUCAUCGAGAAGGGCGACAUCAUAUCCCUGGCCGAGGCAAAGCGGAACACGGGAUUGCUUGAGCAGCUGGGCCACUCGAUCAAGAAGCUGGUGUGGGCAUGA